AUGGCUGACUCCUUCACCCUGCCUUUGCGCCCCAUCCCUGAGAAGCGUGAUCGUCCAGAUACCUUGCCUGUAGAGAUCGCGCAAAUCAACAAUCAGUGGGGCUCUUUUCGUGAGGUGAACGAGGAUGUUCUUCGAAACAAGAUCGCCGAGGAGGAAGAGAAAGAUGGCCUGGAUGAGGUAGACGAACGUGACCAAGAUGCGACCGAUCUUGACUCGACGGAGCGCUUGGAGCAACUGUACAAGCGGCGUGCCGAGAUCACUCAGUUUGCUAUGCAAGCUCACAUGGAGACGAUGUUCGCCCUGGACUUCGUCUCCCUUUUGCUCUCCAAGCAGGCCCCACGUCAGGCGGAAACCUCCUUGUCGGCUUUCCUCAAGCAAGUCGCUCCCCUUGGUUCGCUCAAUUCCGAAGUUGUGAACCCCCCCCCGAAGCCAGAAUCGACAACCAAAGAUGUAUCAGCAGUAUCAAGAGGAUGGCGGAUCCAAAAUUUCAACGCGGCGGCAAACAAGCUUCUACAGGCCGCCUCCAGACUUGAAACUGAAGUUGCGGCGGAGACUCGAUAUUGGAAUGAGGUGCUUACUGUUAAGGACAAGGGGUGGAAAGUUUCUCGUCUCCCGCUUGAAAGGCAAUCGCUAGGCGUGCAAUAUGGGUUCCUUGAAUCGGCGCCUGUUUUCCGCGACCGCGGCCUUGCUUCCUUACGCCGAGCGGAGGAUGGGGCUUUGUCAUUAGAUGAAGGGUUGAUCCCAGCCAAAGCCCGUUUUGUCCGGGUACGGGUGAUACAGGAUGGCCGGCUUUCGGGAUGCUCUAAACCGACGCGUUCCUCCUUCAACGGCGACGGAACGAUUGAGGACCGCAUUCUGCAAGCUCGUGAUACUGUCUAUGAAGAUGAGCUAUUCCAUGAGCUAGUCCGAGAAGCCCGAGCGAUCGCAAGCUUUGGCGUGACGACACGUCAGAAUCUCAUUCAAAUUCCCGCUUCCGAUGACCUCGAAAUUUUACUGGACUUGGUUGAUACUGAUGAAGAUGUCUCCGAACCCGAACAUUGUAUCUCACAGCAAGGGACUUCUAUUGCGGAGGGCUUGGCACGUACGAUCCGGAUAUUAUUGGCGUAUGCCCACCGUCAAAACUUGCGUCGUCGGACCCAACUCCCACUACCACUGACUCCGAAAACGCGACCUGUUCCUGAGCACCAACUUAUUCGGCCAGCUCUAGCUUACAUCAAGCACAUGUCUCAUGUACGCUGGCUUCAGUCAUUACUGAAGGAUCUCUACGGUGUUUUGCACUCGGCAAGUUUGAGACCCCCAGCGUACACCGCAAGAAUAUUUUCGACAAGGAUACAGAGCCAAACCUCUCCUGCUCCAGCCGUAGAGAAUCUCGUUGGACAGUUCCUUACCCCCUUGCUGUCUACAUUCAAUGGGAAAAUUUUGACCCCUCGGGCUUCUUUCUCAAUCGCGAUUCACACCAACCUUUCCUCACCACCCUUCGGCACCACCUUCGAUGUGUCAUUCAAUAUGCCCAAAUACCCGGACAUUGAGUCUCCGGGUAAACUUUCUCACAGGGAAGAAGUGGAAGCUGCCAUCACCCAUCUUCUGUUGCUUGAUGUUGUUUUCACUAUCUCAGCGAACAGUUCACUAAAGUCCGAGUGUAACGAGGACCAAGCGAAACGCACCUGGGAAUCGAUUUACCCUCAACACGGUGAACUUCUGAUCCCUACUCCCAAACCGAACUCAGAAAAACGAAAAAAGAUGAAGAUUGCUCUGUCCCGUCAUGAACUGUCUCUCGAGAUCUACACUGUGCGCUGUAUCGACGGAACAGGGCGCGGUAAUUGGGAAAAGCCUUCUUACCAUUCAAUGCCGCAUACUUGGAAACCCUCUCCUAUUGUUGGAGCACCCAACCAGCCCUCUUUGAUGGAUUUCGUGUCCACCGAGGUAUCACGGUUGUGA